GGGACGUAUUAUGUUAUACCCCCUGUGUCCGUCUGUCCCUUCGUCCGUUAGCAAUUUCGUGUCCGCUCUGAACUCUUGAACUUCUCGAAGGAUUCGUUUCAAAUGUUUACCACAUCAAGACGACGUGUAAAGUGCACGUUUUGGAUGUCCCGCUUCAAGGUAAAGGUCACAGGGAUCAAAGGUCAUAUCAAUUUUGUUUCGUGUCCGCUCUGUUACUCUUGAACGGUUUUAAGGAUUUCAAAGAAACUUGGCACAAAAUUUAAUGUUCACCACACCGAGACGACGUGCAGAGCCCUGUUUCGGGUGAUUCACUUCAAAGUGACAAUUAGGGGUCAAAGGUCAUACAUGAUUUUGCUUUGUGUAUAUUGCUCUGCAUUGCAGAGAUCUUGUUUUUAUUUGGCAGACUCCUUUUUUUUCACCUACAAUAUUUUUAUUUGAUUACUUCCCUUUUAUGUUACUAUAGAUAGCUUAUUUUGAAACAUCUUUUUUUUAUCAUUAGCCGUAGGGAAAAACCGAGACCACUCUUCUGUGGUACAAAAUGGAUUGUACCUCCAAUAUAAAGGUUAUUUUGACAUACCUGUAUCUGGUAAGAGUUUUCUUGUGGGCCCAUAAUAUUUUUUGUGGACUCUAAUAUUUUUGAACUUCUUCCCUUUGUUGUUCCUGUCCUUUGGGCUUCAACAGUCAAGUUCUGUAAAUUUUGCUCCCAUUCUCUGAUGUAACCCUUCGGGGGUAUAUUGGCUGUUGUUGAUGCUUGUGCAGACUUGCGAUAGUUCUACCUAUCGUACCACACGUGCAUUAUCUGGACAAAGGUUAUAGUGCGAAAUAUAUUAGAGAAAAUACGGUUUUAUAUUCAGUCUGCUUCGUUGUUAUUUCUGCUGCGUCUAUUAUAUAUGUAUAUACGAGUCCUUCUUGAACCUUUGUUUGGGUUCGGUUAGUGUUGUAUAUUUCGUUACCUUUUAAUCUAACUGAGUCGGGGAUUGUGUUUUAUCGCUUUUUAUGCAUAAUAUUAUUGUAUUUUUAUUUUUGUAUUUAAUAACAUUAACUUUCUUUUCAUUUUCCAAACGACUGCCCAAAUCCAUCAAUUAAUCCAUAUCUGUUUGAAGUUCUGGAUAGAAGAAAUGAGACAGAGGUUGAUAUAUCCACUAUUAACCAUUUCCCCGAUGAAACAGUCUUAAGUUUUUUCUCCACGAACUGGAAUUGUAAUCUCGCUUCCCAACUUCAGUGUGAUAAUGGCACUUGGAAGGGAAACAUUCAAGACUGUCCUGUUCAACUGGAGCUUCAGUUUGUUGACGGUUCAGACAACGAAGGUAUUGUUGAAGCGGAAUUGAAUGGACAGCUUGGUUACAUCUGUGAUGAUGAUUGGGACGAUAAUGAGGCAACAGUUGCCUGCAGAAUGAUGGGAUUUGAAUCUGGUAAAGCUCGAUUUGACAUCAGUUCCAACGCAAACAAGUCUCUACCAAUUUUAUUGGACGAUGUGAAAUGUAGCGGUAAUGAAUCAACGUUGUCUGACUGCACGCACAAUGACUGGGGAAUACAUGAUUGUGCCUACACUGAAGUUGCAGCAAUAGAAUGUUUUGAUAACAGACAUACUAAGCAUAUUGAUGUUCUGAGUAACUACGACUGUGGCAAAAUUCCACUAAAAGGAUUGAAACGAAAAAAACGACAAAGCCGUAUAGUAGGGGGUUUUGAGGCAAUCAAAGGAAUGCAUCCCUGGCAAGUUGGUAUUCAAAGACUGAGAAAAAGAUGGAUCCGCUGGUGUGGUGGAACAAUAAUAAGUAGUCACUGGAUACUGAGUGCUGCUCAUUGUUUUGAUGAUCUGUCAAGACAAAAAGAUGGCAGAGAUGCAAAAAUGAACUAUGAAGACGUUAGAGUAUAUAUUGGGGACCACGACUGGACGGAACAUGAUGAAUAUGAGCAAAUAUUUCAAAUUGAAUAUUUGGUCAAACAUUGGCAGUAUAGUGACAGAGAAUACCCUCCAAAACAUGACGUAGCAUUACUCAAAAUUAGGUCGAAGUCUGGUGAUGGUGCAGUUUUUAAUGAUUACGUGCAGCCAGCAUGCCUACCGGGAGAGAAUGAUCGACUUUAUUAUGAAAUGAAAUGUGAAAUUUCUGGUUGGGGAAGGCGUGCUGAAAAUGGAACAACUUCAAAUGUAUUGAUGUCCGUUGAAGUUCCAAUUGUAGAUGAAAGGAAGUGUGAAGAAUUUUAUAAACACUAUAAUAUUGAUUUACAAAAAGUGUUCUGCGCCGGUGACGUCAUAAUUGGUACUGAUACAUGCCAUGGGGAUUCGGGUGGACCUUUUGUCUGUGAUAUAAAUGAGACAAACACCGUUACUGGAAUAACAUCCUGGGGUGACGGUUGUGGCCGGCCUGAUGCUCUCGGAGUAUACACAAAUGUUGCUGUAUAUGUAAGCUGGAUAAAAGAACAGAUAUCACGUCAUGAUUUAGUAGAACGUUGUGAUCCAGAUGACCUGUCCAAUGCAGUUGUAAAGGAUAAAAAAGGUGAAAGGAUUAGGACGAAGAUACCGAGUGGGACAGAGGUAUACCUUUCAUGUCAAUACGGAUAUGAGUAUUACUCUGAUGGUCAACCUAUGGACAAGCCGGUGAUAAGAGAAUGUGUUAAGGGAACAAUUAUAAAUGCACCAGAUUGCGAGAAAAAACGUUGUGAUCCAGAUGACCUGUCCAAUGCAGUUGUAAAGUAUAAAAAAGGUGAAAGGAUUAGGACGAAGAUACCGAGUGGGACAGAGGUAUACCUUUCAUGUCAAUACGGAUAUGAGUAUUACUCUGAUGGUCAACCCAUGGACAAGCCGGUGAUAAGAGAAUGUGUUAAGGGAACAAUUAUAAAUGCACCAGAUUGCGAGAAAACUGUCGUAUACCUGAUAAGUGUGAAAACAGCUUACUAUAUAUUGUUUGGCGAAGGGACAGAUGCUAAUGUGUAUAUUACUCUGCAUGGAUUGAGAGGGGAAACAGAGAAAAUGUAUCUUGAAGGAUCGUUUGAAGCUGGUAAUCUGGACGAGACAAGAGUAAAAGCUAAAGAUGUCCGCCCGGUUACCAGUGUUGUGAUAGGGCAUGACGGUAGUGGCAGUUAUCCUGAUUGGUUACUUGAAUACGUUUCAAUAUACGUAGAUAAUAUGAAGGAAUAUUACGUCUUUAGGCAUAAUGACUGGGUGAAGGCGGAAAGAGAUGUUCGUUUGCAUAGACAAGUACUGGAUCAACAAACGUGCAUCGAUUCAUUUGAUAGUGGUCAUAAGUGGUGGCCAAGAUGGAGUUCAAUAAGAUCAGAAGACAAGUAUAAUAUAAGCAGUCAUCGAAGAAUGUCACUGCGAGCGUGUAAACAAGCGUGCAUCAACCUACAGGACAUGCAGUGUAAAGCAGUGAUGUAUAGCAACGAUCAUAAAAGUUGCUAUGGUUUGGCUGUAUCCGAUACAUCCUAUUUUACAAAUCAUAGAACAUGGAAUUCACCAGUGUAUUUACGAACAUGCAAACAGUUUGAUUGAAAAACAGUUAUAGCAAAGUGAGCGAUUGUUAAUGAAAUGAUUAUUUGAUCCUGAAUAUAUUUCUAUUGUUCUAUACCAAUGACAGUGAUGAUAAAAUUUUGUGACUUAAAGCUAUAUUAUGCUCAGGUUCAAAAUUGAAAAUAUGAGCCAUUAAGUACUAUACAGUAAAUAUGUAAAUUUAAAGUAACAUGUUUUUUUAUUUUGUGUUUCAGUUUUGUGCGUUAAAUGAAAUAAAUGUAUAAGUGAACAAAAAAAGAAUAGGUAAUAUAUUAAAAUCAGAAGUCAUUUGUUGUAGAUGCAGAUGGGAUUAUCCGGUUCAAGUGUUUAUUGUUUUGGUAGUAACGAUGCUCUGCCAGUCCGUUGUGACCGGUGUGCAAGUUUGGCAGUGACUUUAUGGCAUUUAGUGUUUUGCGACUACAAUUUAUAAAUAACAUUUAACAUUUAGCCAAAUUACAUAUAUUUCAUGAGGAUUCCAUAGACUUAAAUCAAUAUGCAAUAAUAAAAUAUUUAGCAACAAAUGAGCACAGUACAUCUUAUAUAAAUCGAAUUAAACGUAUUCUCUACUCAA